AUGUCGAGGGCGCAGUUCUUGAGGGAAUACAAGUUGGUAGUUGUCGGCGGUGGUGGUGUCGGUAAAUCUGCCCUCACCAUUCAAUUCAUUCAAAGUCACUUCGUCGACGAAUACGACCCAACAAUCGAGGACUCGUACCGCAAGCAAUGCGUCAUUGAUGAAGAGGUCGCAUUGCUCGACGUCCUCGACACCGCUGGUCAGGAGGAAUACGGAGCCAUGCGCGAGCAAUACAUGCGCACUGGUGAAGGCUUCCUCCUCGUUUACUCUAUCACCUCCCGCGACUCUUUCGAGGAAAUUAGCACUUUCCAUCAACAGAUUCUUCGUGUGAAGGACCAAGAUUCGUUCCCUGUUAUCGUCGUGGCUAACAAGUGCGAUCUUGAGUAUGAGCGACAGGUUGGAAUGAAUGAGGGCCGUGACCUUGCAAAACACUUUGGCUGCAAGUUCAUCGAAACAUCGGCUAAGCAGCGCAUCAACGUCGACGAGGCAUUCAGCAAUCUCGUCCGCGAGAUAAGAAAGUACAACAAAGAGCAACAAACAGGCAGACCCGUUAUGGCCAACUCCGGUGGCGGCGGACCUGGCGUCUACAGUGGCAAAGGUGACGCUCAUGAAGGCGAUCAUGGCGGAUGCUGCAGUGGUUGUGUAGUCGUAUGA